UUUUUUACUGUCAAAUUGCGAGUUUGACUGAUGUAUGGACAUUUGUAUGCAACUAUGAAUGUCAGAGAGAGCAGUGUCACUCUGGUUGACUGGAAUCUUGAAUGAAUAUUGGUAUACAUGUGUUUCACUACUUUUUCAUUCCCUAUAUCUUUGUUUUUUUCUGUCCUUUAUAAGAAAAUGUUUGUCUUCUGUUUUUCAGUUCACUAUCAUUGUAUCCGUUUAUGCACAUAUUUACAUGUAGAAGCAAAAAUUCAAAAUGUCGUGACAAAUGUGCACGGCGUUCAGUAAAACAUUUUUUCCAGUUCAAAUAAGUUUUUGUAUUUCUUCAGAUAUCUUACGUGAUUGAAAAAUAUAUUUUUCGAAAAAAAGUAAAAUAUGGAAAUUUAACAUACCCUUUAACUAAACUAUUAACACUAUUCCAAUCCUAGACCUAGAGUUAAAUGCAUUUUUUUUUCUGAUCAUUAUUUUAAUUAACAUCCCUAAAAUAAUGGUUACAAUGUUUUGCUUCAACUGUCUCCGUGCCGACGUCUGUCAGAUCAGCUGAUCACCUUAUCGUAAGGACCAAAACAGCUAACGCUAGCUCAACAUAGCCGGUGGUAAAAGUUAUGAAAGGAAAUGGCGAUUUAAUACUGUAGGAUAAGAUCCUGGCUUUGGUAAGAAAUUGACAGCGUCUGGCCACCAACCAGAUUGAAAGCUUUAACUGGAGACUAACUAUGUCUUAUGUCUGAAAAUGGGAGGAAGUGGAUCCAAAGCCAAAGGUGUCUGGCCUUUCUCAGGCAGUGGAGCUGCUGGAGGGGAUUCAGCCAGUGAAGGGAACGAGCAGUCUGUGGCCCGCCUCAAAAGUUCCAGAAAUGCAGCACCAUUUGUUUUUACCAGAAGGAGUUCUUUGUACUAUGACGAGGACGGUGACCUUGCCCAUGAGUUCUAUGAAGAGACGGUGGUGACAAAAAAUGGCAGAAAAAAGUCCAAGUUGAAGAGGAUCCAGAAAAAUCUGAUUCCGCAGGGAGUUGUGAAGCUCGACCACCCGUGUAUACAUGUAGAUUUCCCCAUCAUCCUCUGUGAGGUGUCAAAAGUUGCACAGGACUGAUCUACUAUGAAGUGCAGCCACAGUUUCUCUUCUCGGAGCAAAGUCUGGUCCCAGUGUCCAAGCAUUACAGUCAAGAUUGGAGUUGUGGUCUGGUGAGAAAAAGUCAAACUGAUAUAUUGAAUGAAAUGUUAUACAUUUUAAUUCAACUAUUGUCAGAGGGUGCCCUGUUCAUAUAUCCAUAUUUUGAUAUUCACAAAAGUAGUGUUGGUACUGGUUGUGUGUUCACUACCCAGCUGAUAUGUAAGCAGUCUUAGAGAAUACAUCGAAUGAAGUUGUAUUUCUCUUGUGAGUUUUUUGCAGGGAAAAACAUCCUUGAUGUGAAAAGGCUUUAACGUGUUAUGCCUUCUGUGAGACGUAGAGUGAAACUGUAUGUCUUUGUAUGUGUACAUGUGUGCACUUAGGUUUGUUUGCUUGAAUGUGUGUGACAGAGGGACCGAAGAUGUAGUUACAGGGUAGAAUAAGGAAGGAUUGUGAAAUUUAUUGUAUAUAUGGUCAUGUUCUGUAUUGUCACGUCUGAGUCUGUCUCAGUUACCGGAGCUCAGACCUGCACUAGUGAACAUAAUGUACUGUAAAUAAUAUCAGAUUUCUUAGUUGGAAAUACUUGAAUAAAUGGUUUACUGAGCUGAA